AUGGCCAGCACUAUCGCCUCCCAGUCCUCGGCGGCUCUCACCUUUGAUCUCGUAGCUCGGUGUUCAACAACACGGGCACGGGCGUCGAAUCUGACCCUUCCUCAUGGCCCCGUCCAGCUCCCCAUAUUCAUGCCCGUAGCCACCCAGGCCUCGCUGAAGGGUCUGACACCAGAGCAACUCGAAGAGACGGGCUGCCGGCUAUGCCUCAACAACACGUACCACCUCGGCCUCAAGCCCGGCCAGGACGUUCUUGAUGCCGUUGGCGGUGCUCACAAGCUGCAAGGAUGGAGCCAUAACAUCCUCACCGACAGCGGAGGCUUCCAAAUGGUCUCCCUCCUCGAGCUCGCCAACAUCACCGAGGAAGGCGUCCGCUUCCUCUCCCCACACGACAGGAGCCCCAUGCUGCUGACGCCCGAGCACUCGAUCGACCUGCAGAACAGCAUCGGGAGCGACAUCAUCAUGCAGCUCGACGACGUGCUCGUGACCACGUCCCCCGACGCCGUGCGCAUGCGCGAGGCCAUGCUGCGCAGCGUGCGGUGGCUAGACCGGUGCAUCGCGGCGCACAAGAACCCGGGCAGGCAGAACCUCUUCUGCAUCAUCCAGGGCGGGCUCGACGACGAAAUGCGCCGCGAGUGCUGCGCCGCCAUGGUCGCGCGCGACACCCCGGGCAUCGCAAUCGGCGGCCUCAGCGGCGGCGAGGCAAAGUCCGACUUCUGCCGCGUCGUCGCCACGUGCACCGCCAUGCUGCCCGAGCUCAAGCCCCGGUACGUCAUGGGCAUCGGGUACCCGGAGGAUCUUGUGGUCAGCGUCGCCCUCGGCGCCGACAUGUUCGACUGCGUGUGGCCGACGCGCACGGCGCGGUUCGGCAACGCCAUCACCAGGCACGGCGUGCUCAACUUGAAGAACGCCAUGUAUGCGGAUGACUUUGGGCCCAUCGAGGAUGGGUGUGGAUGUAUAUGCUGCCGCCGCCGGUCAGACACCGCCUCCACUGACCCUUCGAUAUCAACGCCGACGACCCCAUCACCAACAGACGCCACCGGCGGGAUCAACGUCACCCGGGCAUUUGUGCAUCACAACACGGCCAAGGAGACCGCCGCCGCCCAUCUGCUCACCAUCCACAACGUGUGGCACCAGCUCAAUCUUAUGCGCGAAGUCCGCGCCGCCAUCAUCGAGGACAGGUACCCGGCCUAUCUUCACCAGUGGUUCUCCGACUACUACGGCAGCAAGGAGAAAUAUCCAGGCUGGGCGGUAGGUGCGCUGCGUGGCGUUGGCGUAGACUUACUCGAGUCAUAG